AAGUGAAUAGCCAAUCAGGCUAGAGAAUUGUGAUGGAGGACUCAUCUACCCUAUGACAUACAAGAUCUGUUUAUGUUUGCGUCCAAUACGCUCUGUAACCUUUCCCGUGACGCUUCGCUAGUUGCACUGCUAGGUUCCGGUCGAUCGGUUGCCAUGGCGGCGGCUGCUGGCAGCCCCGGUGCGGCUUAUGAGUGUAAUAUCUGCCUGGAAACAGCGCGGGAACCUGUUGUCAGUGUGUGUGGGCACCUGUAUUGCUGGCCUUGUCUGCAUCAGUGGUUGGAGACCCGACCAGAGCGCCAGGAAUGUCCUGUUUGUAAGGCUGGAGUAAGCAGAGAAAAGGUUAUUCCUAUAUAUGGCAGAGGAGACAGUAACCAGAAGGACCCAAGAUUGAAGACUCCUCCCAGACCCCAGGGACAGAGGCCAGAGCCAGAGAACAGAGCAGGAGGCGGAGUUCCAGGAUUUACAGACACAGGAUUCCACAUGUCUUUUGGCAUUGGAGCUUUCCCUUUUGGCUUUUUUACCACAGUCUUCAACACUAAUGAUCUUCACUCUGCUCCACGUGCAGAUACGGGGCUUCCACAGAGCAGAUUUUUCGGAUUUCCAGACUCGCUCUUCCUCAUCAUUGCCGCCUUCUUUUUUCUCUGGUUGAUCAGUGUGUGAAGACUGGAUGGUGUGCUUCUGCUAGCUCAUCCGCUGGAGGGUUCGGAGCGCUUCUCCCUGAAAUGCUUUUGUUCCCCCUUUCUGCGUCCCCUACUUGGGAUCGUUUUCACCACUAAUAACACUCCAGGCCAUAUAUGAAAGUAAAUACUGCUUUACAAGUAUACCCAGUUAAAUAACUUUCACUAGGCACUUUAAAUAUGGCCGUUUAAGCUUAUUAUUUUGUUUUGUACAUAAGAAAGGCCUAAAUAGUUCCCUUCCCUUUAUAUAUCUUGAAAAAUGAAUGAAAAUUAUGGCAUUAUUGUCAACCAAUUACUCCAUGACAAAUGUCUAGACUUUACUGGGCACAGUUAUAGCCACAUUCUCCAAAGAUUUUUUUCAUGUAACCUGUUGGAUAUAACCCUUAACAAUGGGGUGGUUUUGAGAUCCACACUGAACAUUUUUCAAGAGUUUUAGGAGCUAGACUUCUAAAUUGUUUAAAUAAAUGGGCUAUGUCUCUGAAAAGGACUUCAUACUGAUUUAGAAUUGGAGACCUGAGAAAUAGUUGUGCAGGAUUACUCUAUAGUAAACAUUCUUGGAUUCAGAGGGUAUA